CUUCCUUCUGACCGUCAUGAAGUCCUUCACGAGACGACUCUCCUUCCUCGCACUCGCGGGCUCUGCCCUGGCACACGGAGGACACCAUGAUAGUCCAGGGCCGGAGAACGGCGAGACGAUACAGGAAUACGCCCAACGACACAUGUCCAAGGAGCACCAUAUCGACUCCUUUGACCUCCCCAGUUUCUUCCAGUUGCAUGAUCUCGACGGCGACGGCGUCUGGAACCGCGGCGAGAUAGAGGCCAUCUACGGCGUGCACCACGUCUACUCGCAGAAGAAGUCCAAGGACGACGUCGAGCACCAGAAGAAGGCGGACACCAUCGUCGAGACCGUACUGGCGAAGAUGGACAAGAACAAGGAUGGGGAGAUCGCGCUGGAGGAGUUUGUGCUCGUCGGGCUGGACGGGCUGCCGAACUUUGAUAACUUGGGCGCGGAGGGGCACCAUUACGACGUGGAGAGCGAGUUCUUCCUGCAUCAUGAAGAGGAAUUCCACUCCACGCCCGAGACCCAAACCGACGAGUCCUACGUGCACGCCGAGGACAUCGAGCACUUCCGCCACCACGAAGAGAUCGAGCGCAAGGAGGCCGAGAAAGAAGCCAAGUACCAGGGCAUCUCCGUCGACGAGGCGCUCGCGCAGCACGACCCCGACCAGCAGCCCCCGCCGCCCAAGGUCAACCGCGUGCCGCCGCCCGAGAAGCAGGACCCCGCGGUGCGGUUCGCGAACGCGAAGGGCGAGGCGGACCGGCUGGGCGAGUGGGGCGCGGGCGACGAGGGGUACAAGCCGCCGGUGAACCCGAGCGAGAAGAUGAGGAAAAACUUGCCGUAUAAGUACAAGUUCCGUCGCAGCUGGGGCGAUUUCUGAUGGGCUUGGCAAGUCUCUUGCGCUGGACGCUGCAGCCUGCUCGAUGGCAAGGCGGGACGAGGAUGACGACGGGGACGUGCUCGGGAUUUACGCAUACGUUGAUGACCUUCCUACUCAUGUUGUAUGCGCGUUCAUUUGGAUUGGCCGUGGGGCACAUGUCUUAUUCCGUGUAAAUUAUGCUCUGCGAGGUGGGAAAGUGUCCAUGUCUAAUC